CCCAACAGCCAAUCAGCUGUCCCGCCAAUGACGUAGUCUUCCGCCCUUCCUUCAUUCCUGCAGAAACAUGGCGCUACGAGAGCUAUCGUCGCUUGAGAAAUAUUUAGGACUGAAAAGGCCCAAUAAGUACAGCACCCGGGGGGAGAGAAAGGUCCCCGUGCUACAGAAUAAUAAUGGCGCCCCCCUGGUGGGCCUGGUGACCAUCGCAUGCCACCUGGUAAAAACGGCCAAGCGCCCUGAGCUGCUCGGUGUCUCUGCAGAGGACCGAGCUGUCGUGCAUCAGUGGCUGGAGUACAGAGUGAGCAAGCUGGAUGGCUGUAGCAAGGACGACAUCAGGACCAUACUGAAGGACCUCAACCUUUACCUGCAAGACAAAGUUUACAUGGCCGGCAACUACUUCACCUUAGCAGAUGUGCUCAUGUAUCAUGGAAUUCACCCAUUAAUAGCUGACUUGACCCUGCAGGAGAAGGAGCACUACCUAAACGUAACGCGGUGGUUCGACCACAUCCAGCACCACGCCGGCAUCCGACACCACCUCCCCCCGGUAGUCGUGCUCAGGAACAGGAUUUACACCAGUAAACACCACUGAGGCUCCAACUGUUAUUAAUGAAGGAAAAUUGGCAACAUCAGGAUUCCCAGUUAAGAUCUUUUUCAGUUAUUUGCCACAAUUGUAAUUGUAUACUUUUUUAAAACCAGAAUAAAUCAAAUAAACGUGUUGAGAGGUGUCAUAGGAUUGCGUCUUAAUAAUAAAUCACCAUUGCUGACAUCCUCUCAGUCCUAUUGUAACUAUUUAAAAUAAUCUGCAGGCAAAAAUAUUAGUUUUAUUGGUGUUAUUUGUUUUAUGUGUGUGUGUGUGUGUCGUUUCGCAGAGAAUGCGGUGUGAUGACCAACCGAUACAUUUGCUGCUAACUUAAUAAAAAUGUAAUUGACAAA